GCGGAAUCCCCAACGCUAUUCUUCAGGUUCCUCACCCAUCACUUCGGGUUAAGGUGUUUUAGGGGGGUUGUUUUGCUUCUUUUUUGGCCCUUUAAUCUGCUUUUCCGUGUACAUAUUUCUUUUUCUGCUCUUACUAGACGGUCAUCUUACCUCAUCCUCACGCGUAUACUCCCCCGGAGGACCACCCCGAUUACGGAGCAACCGCUAGCCAUCUGCUCACCGGAGAUCUGGGAUCUGUCAUUCUGUCUGCAUCCUGCAUGUGAGGAAUAUGUCCACUCGCCAGCGUCGCCCCACUCAAGCCCAUGAGAAGGAUCUGGGUACCAGCCAGCCUGCUGUGGUGGCAGCUGCGGUGUUGGAACAGCCUUCCCAAGUCAUCAGAAAGCUUCUUCACUGGGACGAUCUGCCCCAUUGGCAGCGCGACAACCAGCACAUCCACACGGGCUAUCGGCCGGCUUCAUUCUCUCUUCUGGUCUCCCUGCAGUCCUUGACCUACCUUCACAAUGAAACGGUCAACAUCUACACGCAUCUGCUGCCGUCCCUACUGGCCGUUCCAGCGGCUGGGCUUCUCUAUCGGGCACUAGCUCCGCGAUAUGAGAAUGCCACCCAGGCGGAUCUGAUUGCUUUUGGAUGCUUCUUCGCGGGGGCGGCCUUCUGUUUGGGCAUGUCUGCAACAUAUCAUACCAUUUCGAACCAUUCCCCCCUCGUGGCCCGCAUCGGAAACACGUUUGACUAUGUUGGUAUCGUAGGGCUUAUCGUGGGCAGCUUCGUGCCUAGCGUGUACUUUGGAUUCUACUGUAUGCCUGAUCUGCAACGGUUGUAUUGGACGAUGAUCUGCGCCCUCGGUCUUGGCUGCAUCCUUGUUUCGAUCUUCCCUCAUUUCCGGACGCCUCGGUGGCGGCCAUUCCGUGCGGCCAUGUUUGUCGGCAUGGGUCUGUCAGCGGUGUUCCCCGUGAUCCACGGCUUACGCUUGUACGGUCUGGAGCAGAUGACACGCCAAAUCGGGCUCGGUUGGCUACUUCUCCAAGGUUUUCUGUACAUUUUGGGAGCAACCAUCUAUGCAGCCCGGGUGCCGGAGCGCUUGCGACCAGGCCACUUCGAUCUCUGGGGCAGCUCCCACCAGAUCUUUCAUGUGCUGGUGGUCUGCGCCGCCAUUGCUCAUCUGACCGGGUUGCUAAAGGCAUUUGAUUACAGACACAGCGGCAUUGCAGACAGUUGUCUUGGGGCCGCGCAGUGAUUCGCCCGCUGAACCUUGGGACAUCGCACAGGCAGAACGUCCUGUGGAGGGGGGAGAAGGGGGGAGGGGGGCGCGCGGCGCCCCCUAAACAU